CCAUCUCUUAACACACCAAAUUUGCAAGCUAUCUCAGCUUCUUAGCGCAGCUUUUUAAAAAUGUCCACUUUCCUCUUCAAGAUUUUCUUUCUAUUCUGUGUUUUUCACAUCUCUUUGGCUACCAGGAGGUUGAACGAGGUGGUUCAGGACCAAACUCAGCUUCUCCAUUACCACAAUGGCCCUCUUCUCUCUGGCCAAAUCUCCAUCAACCUCAUUUGGUACGGUCACUUCAAACCUUCCCAAAAGGCAAUAGUCUCCGAUUUUAUCACCUCCCUCUCACCCUCCUCCCCUCACACCUCCCAACCAUCCGUCGCCACGUGGUGGAAGACCACCGACAAAUACUACCACCUCACCGCCAAAAAGAAAACCACCCCUCUUUCUCUUUCGCUCGGUAAACAAAUUCUCGACGAAGGCUACUCGCUGGGGAAAUCCCUCACCAGCAAAGACCUCAUCGAGCUGGCUUCCAAGGGCGAACAGAAAAACGCCAUCAACGUGGUUCUAACUUCGGCUGACGUGGCAGUGGAGGGUUUCUGCAUGAGCCGAUGCGGGACCCACGGUUCUUCCUCGGCAAGCCACGUGAAGAACAAGAACUACAAGUUCGCUUACGUUUGGGUGGGGAACUCCGAGAGCCAGUGCCCGGGGCAAUGCGCGUGGCCCUUUCACCAGCCAGUUUAUGGGCCGCAGGGCCCACCGUUGGUUUCGCCGAACAACGACGUGGGCCUUGAUGGGAUGGUGAUGAACCUGGGUAGCCUCUUGGCCGGGACCGUCACGAACCCCUUUGGAAAUGGGUUCUUCGAGGGGCCGGCUGAGGCGCCGCUAGAGGCUGCGUCUGCGUGCCCUGGGGUUUAUGGGAAAGGGGCUUACCCUGGUUACGCUGGGAAGCUGCUCCUGGACUCUUCUACUGGCGCUAGCUACAAUGCGCAUGCUGCCAACGGAAGGAAGUACCUGCUUCCUGCUUUGUAUGAUCCUGCCACGUCAUCCUGCUCCACGCUAGUGUGACGACUCUCGACUCUCGACUGCUAUUCUACUUUAGGCUCUGUAGUGUAGGGAUCAAUUCGUUCAUUCGUUUAUAUAUAUUGGUUUGCUUUUAUAAAUCUUACUCUCAAUCAGUUCCCAUCCUUCUUUGUUCUUAGUUCUUACUACUCAUUUAGUACAACAUUCAAAAAAAGUAACAUUCUUCUAAUGAACUAGUAUGAUGGGAAGAAGUAAGUUUCAUUCCAUUCAAUCCCAUCGAUUACGCGCACAUCAGGCGCCAAUCACGCUCACCCCAUUAGAGUAAGGACUAAGGAGUAAGAAUCAUGAUAGAUAUGGUCUAUGGAGGAUUAAGGCUGAUAGAAAUCCCGAACCCUCCCGUCACCUGCCAUAUAAAUUUAAGGUUGACAGUUUUAAAAUCUUGAGCUUCGUAUUACUCAAAUAAAAUUUAGCAGUUAGAUAUGGGUAACACAGAAGGGACCAUGUUGUAAAAAAAAAUUACUUUUAGUCCCAUUAAAAUUUUUUAAACUCAAUUAUGGUCUUUCAAUUUUUUUUAUUAAAUUAGUUUUUUUUUUUUUUAAUUAUAA